AUGACGGCCGAGAUUCUACCCGCGCAGGCAGGGACCUCGUUAGACUUUCGCAACCCGCUCGGCGCCCCGAUCUCGCGACCUGCGCACCAGUCGGCCCCCAGGAUGGAGCCGCAGGAGCACGAGAUAACGAGUCCCACCUCGGACGAAAACCGAGGCAGGCGACGCACCCGCGACGACGAGCUUUUGGACGACCAGGACAAUCCGGUGGAUGAUGGCGACGCGCCGCCGGGCUCCUCGAGGAAGAGAAGGCGCAGUCGCAAAGGCUUGGACAAGAAGUUUGAAUGCCCCCAUGAGGGCUGCGGCAAGAGCUAUUCUCGCGCCGAACACCUGUACCGCCACCAGUUAAACCACAACCCGAAGCAAAUCUACCAUUGCGACUUCCCCGACUGCCAGCGGUCCUUUGUGAGACAAGAUCUGUGCGCCCGGCACAAGGAAAGACAUACUGCUCGAGGCUCCCAGCUGCUGAGAAAGGACACAUUUAUGCAUAACCUCAACCCAAUUGUGACAAAUGCAAUGGCAAACAAGAACGGGAAACUAGGGAAUUCACAGGCUUCCCCGGUGCCUAACUCUAUAGGUGGCAUGGCGCAGUCACCAGCAUCGGCUUUGGGCGGCGCAACACCUGCUGGAUCCGCAAUGUCGCCGCCCCUCGGUGCAGCAGUGCAGCACCAUGGGAAUGGGGGAGCAUCCGACCGUGCUAUGGGCGGCGAUGACUGGCGCUCUAACAGCGUGUCGCAGCAGAUGCCAGAUCAACACAGGAGAUCGUCCACAUUUAGCGCCCCCCAACGGUCCUCGAGUUUUGAUACGGCUAGCAAUUCCGGGCCGCAGUACUCGCCUCGGUCCUCAGCCCAAGGUUUUAGUGCGCCUCCUCUACGCUCACAAAGCUCAGUCGGCAAUGGAGUGCAGAAUCUCGGCAUGAACUCACCAUACACCUCGGCUGCAGGUACUUCACAGGCGUACAAUUCCCCUGCGCCCCUAACCAGUCAGCUGUCUCAAUCCCCCGUGACCUAUCAAGGACAGAACCAGCAGGGUGUUCCUUCAAACUUCAGCUCGCUGCCACCUUCGGGAUUUCCUGCAACGAAUCAAGGUUCGCAAGGGUCGUCCCGAAACUAUUCCAUGACUUCCUCCAUGUCCAUGCAGGGCGUCGAGGCCACUGGACACGGAGAGCGAAUGACUGCCGUAAGUGAAGGUCAGAUUCUAGAGAACAUGACGCCCAACAGUUACUCCAUGCCCGUGUUUGGGGGUGAAGGGUACAGCCGAUCGCCUUUUGCAAUGGCAGACGACUUCACAGCCUGGCUUUUUAACGAAUCGAACCUUGCAACUGGCCACUCGCCUGUGGGAUAUCCGGCAAACAAUAUGCCCAGCGUACCAGGUUCUACUACUUUCGGCCUCCAGGCUCCUUACUUUGGAUAUGACACCACAGCGAGCGGGUAUUUCAAUCAGCCUGCGCCGCCCCAUCAGCCAAUGUCUGUCAGCAGUAUCCUCGACACCAGCUUGCCUGAAUCGGCACUAUCAGAAGAGAAACGUCAGCAGAUCCUUGACCUUAUCGAGAACCGCUUCAACGAGAGCAGCCACGCACCCGUCAAGAGGCAGAAAGAAGAAUUCCUGGAGGGGAACAAAGACGAAAACACUCAUGUGCUCAGCUUGAACAUGAUGCAGACCUACAUUGGUUCUUAUUGGGUCCACUUCCACACACAGCUCCCAAUCUUGCACCGACCGACGUUCAGCGCUGCAAACUGCCCGCCACUACUGCUGGUCGCGAUGAUGUCCCUGGGCGCGUCUUGCCUGGAGAAGAGCUUCGGGCAGGAGCUGACAACUACAUGUGCAGAGCUUGCAAAUUUCCUUGCGUGGCACUUGCGAUGGGAACUCUUCAUGGAUGCGGAUUUCCGACCUCCUGCAAAAUUGUGGGUGUUUCAGGCACUUAUUCUUCUCGAAUGUUUCGAGAAGAUGUACUCUACGCGUCCGCUGCACGAGCGUGCGCACAUACAUCACGCUACCACCCUUACGCUUAUGCGGAGAGGUAGUUCGCUGAUUGGCCGAUCAGCGCUGGACUCUCCGCCUAGCGUCAAGGACGGCCGCAAUGGAUCUGUUUCAUCCACGACUAAUGCACAAGAAGAAUGGUGGCGGCAUUGGAUAUCUAACGAAGCAACACGGCGGGCCGCAUUUGCGGCCUUUGUGAUCGAUUCGAUACACGCAACCAUGUUCGGUCACUCGGCAGUAAUGGUUGCACAUGAGAUGCGGCUACCGCUGCCGUGUGACGAGGCGCUCUGGUCGGCAACGAGCGCCCAAGAAGUUGGCCGGGUGGAGGCGAGUCUGGCCAGCAAUGGCGUUAAGCCGACGACGUUCCUCGACGGCCUCAAAAAGACGUUGAGCGGAUCGGCGGUACGCACCAAUUCAUUCGGUCGGACAAUCCUCAUGGCUGGUCUCCUCAGUGUCAGCUGGCAUAUGAACCAACGCGAUCUCCAGGUGAGCUCCCUUGGAGCAUCAUCGGCUUUGGGUGGACGAGACAAGUGGCGCGGCAGCCUUACGCGCGCUUUCGACUUUUGGAAGCAAGAUUUCGACGCGUCGCUGUCUAAAAACGGCGAACUGACCAAUCCGACCGCCUUUGCCUACAGCAACGGCCUGGUUGAUGACAACGUCUUCGAAUCCAGGACGGUCCUGCAUCACCUGGCGCACAUGGCUAUGCACGUCGACAUUGUAGACUGCCAAAUCUAUGCAGGCGCCCCUCGCCUACUGGGGCGCAGCAUUACACCACAGGACUACGCCGGUGCACAGCGUCGGAUGAAAGAGUUAUGGGCCCCAACGGCACGCGCACGCGAUGCCACGUUCUACGCACUACGCUUCCUCUCCCAAGUUUUGCUUCCGCACGAAAACGGUAGCGGCAAAAUCCGCACCGGUGGACCGGUCGGCCAGGGCUCACAAAGUGCAGAGCAAGCCGCAGGGUUCACCUACUCGGCGCGCGACGACUCUCUGCUCAAUCGACCUUGGGCUCUUUACUUUGCAACUCUCAUCGUUUGGUCUUACGGAUAUGCUCUGGACGGCCCCAUUGAGCCCGUGUACCAGCUGGACAGCCGCGAGGAUAUGGUCCGAGACAUGCAAGGCUUCCUGCGCAGAGUGGGCGGAGUUCGGGCACCAGACGCUCUGGUGAAGGUUCAAGACAGGAAUGCGUGCCUGGGUAUGCUCAUACUUCUGCGCGACAUGUUCAAGAGGACAAGAUGGGAACUUCUACACGAAGCGAGCAAUCUGCUGCAGAAGUGCAUCGAGAUGUUGGCGCCGGGCUGCACCUACUGA